AUGUCGUCCUUUACCGUAUCUGAGCAUGGCGCACUUAACACCAAAUCCUAUCGGAUGUUCCUAAAGUGUGGCUCCGGUCCGAUCUCACCAUUCCAUGACAUCCCAUUGCAUUCGGACAAACAAAAUAAUGUCUUUAACAUGCUUGUCGAGAUUCCGCGAUGGACGAACGCGAAAAUGGAGAUCUGCAAGGGGGAGUAUAUGAACCCAAUUAAACAAGAUGUGAAGAAAGAUCGGCUUCGAUAUGUGGACAACGUAUUUCCCUACAAGGGUUACAUUUGGAAUUAUGGGGCACUUCCACAAACGUGGGAGGAUCCAGGGCACAUCGACUCACACACUGAAGCGAAGGGUGAUAAUGAUCCGAUUGAUGUUUGCGAGAUAGGAACAAAAGUUCUGACUCGCGGCUCCGUUGUCCAGGUGAAGAUUUUGGGUAUUCUGGCCAUGAUCGAUGAAAGUGAGCGCUGUAUUUACUUCCCAUAA